AUAGUUUAUGAGUGAACAGUUUAGGUCUCAACAGAAAACUGAGGAAAAUAUGAUAAUUGGAGCAUUGACUUGAGGUGAGAUACGACUGCAGAUAAAAGAGGCUGACUCAACUGGAGAUCAUGGCUUUUGAUGGUACUUGGAAGAUAGACCGGAAUGAGAACUAUGACAAGUUCAUGGAAAAAAUGGGUAUUAAUGUGGUGAAAAGGAAGCUUGCAACUCAUGACAAUUUGAAACUGACAAUUACACAAGAAGGAAAUAAAUUCACCGUCAAGGAAUCAAGCACUUUUCGUACCAUUGAAAUUGUUUUUGAGCUUGGUGUCACUUUUAAUUACAGUCUAGCAGAUGGAACUGAACUCACUGGUACUUGGAACAUAGAGGGAAAUAAACUUGUUGGAAAAUUCAAACGGGUAGACAAUGGAAAUGAACUGAACGCUAUCCGAGAAAUUAUAGGUGGUGAACUUGUGCAGACUUACACAUAUGAAGGAGUAGAAGCCAAGAGGAUCUUCAAAAAGGAAUGAGCUUUGUUCUUGGAGCACAGCCCAGAACACAAAUUGAAUGGAAAAUCUAUAUUAUACCAAAACUGUUUUUCUCUUCCUGAUUAGUCCUUUUGUAAACAUAACCAGUGACUCAUACUUCCAGUCUUGCCAAGGCAAAAGAAGUAAAAACUAAUUACGAUUUAAUUUGUUUUACAUCCUCUAAAAUGUACAUUUAUUGCUCUAUUGGUGUUCUAAAGGAAUGUGUAACAUUUUUAAUAACAGAUGAAUAAAUUCUGUUUCCACAUUGCCUUAUAAGUAGCUUCUCCUUUAAAAAAUAACUAUAUGACAUAUAUAUUGAUAAACUAUAUGGUUGUUGUUCUUCUUUUCACAUUUGAUAAACUAAAAAGAUAAACAGCAUGGGAGGCAGUCUUUAAAAUCUUACACUGGUCAUGACUUUCAGCAGAAACUGCAGGCCAAAAGAAAGUGGCAGGAUAUACUUAAAGUG